GGAACCGAGAGCUCAACAACCACCCUUUAAACCGACCGUGAGCUGCCCCAGAUGGCGAACCAGGGCUAUGAUGUGGUAGUGGACGUUGACGCCGAGGGCGAUCUCGGCCAUACCGACCUCCAAGAAGACCUCGAAUUCCACCGUUCCAACUUCGAAAACGACCAACGCAACGCCAAAGCCCAACAAGACUCUGCCCCCUUCCUCGGCGGCGGUUCAUCGCGCGGCCGUGACCGAUCCCCCGGCGGCACCCCCUCCAAGCUCAACUGGUGGUCAAUCCACUACUACUCGCAAUUCUUCGAUGUAGACACGAACGAAGUCCUCCGCCGCUGCGUCGCGGCCAUCUACCCGCGCAGCAACUUCCUCGACGUCCUGGAAGGAAACCCGGACCUCUACGGACCCUUCUGGAUCGCAACCACCGUCGUCGUCAUCCUCUUCCUAACCGGUACCAUCUCGCAAUGGCUCUCCAACAAUGACGACGAGCACUUCGAAUACGAUUUCACUUUGCUAUCCGGCGCCGCAGGCUUGGUUUACGGAUACACGGGCAUCAUCCCCAUUGCGCUGUGGGGUGCGUUGAAGUGGUUCGGCAGCUCCAGCGCGGACUUGGUUGAGUCGUGGGCGCUCUAUGGAUACUCGAACCUGAUUUGGAUUGCGGUCGCACUGGUUAGCUGGAGUCCUUUGACGGCGCUGAACUGGGCUCUGGUGGGUGUUGGCUUCGGGUGGACGGUCUUCUUCCUCCUGCGCAAUCUGUACCCGGUUCUUAGUGCUACGGAUGCGAAGGCUAGCAAGAUCUUGCUGAUUCUGGUCAUUGUCCUGCAUGCUGGGUUUGCGUUGGCGAUUAAGAUCUUGUUCUUUGCACAUGGAAGUCCCGUUUCGAAGAACAAGGACCACGAUGACGACGAUGACCACGACGACAAGCGACGGAUGUUUGGUGGCUGGUAGAAAAGGUGCUAGAUGUCGGUGUUGGUAUCAGUGUGGUUCCCUUCGGUUGUUAUACUGUUCAGUUGCUGUCUUUCUCCCACAGGGGACCAUGACAUUUGCUCCGGCAGCAUUAUGUCAUGUCAUAUCAUGUGUCGACUUGCUGGUUUAUGUUCUCAAGUGUUGUUAUUUCUGAUAUCGUUCCCGCUGUUUUGUCUGUUGAACGUUUCCCUUUCCACCAAGCCGUGCUGCAUGUGUGUAUGUGUAUCUACUAAGAAUGCGACGAGAGCUUUUUUUGAAUUUUACAGGUUGUGCUUUGAUUGCAACUUCUUCCCGAGGAGUCAACUAUAGACAUUUGACUUCGGCUAUAAGUAAUGAUUCAUCAUUCCAACGCCAUGUAGAAAAUCUCCCACGUUGCAAUCGU